AUGCUUCUGUGUCUUUGUUGUUUCCACUACCUGCUACUGUUCCUCCCAUGUCUCUGCCCCGUCGUUGCUUUCCUGUGCCCCACCGGCUGCUGCUGUCCUCAGGACGACACGCUGGUCCUUUGCGAGUUUCUAGGCCUGAGGUCUCUGCCGCGCUCGCUCCCCCUCAACACGUCUGUCCUCUCCGUGGCCCAUAACCUCAUAUGCAACAUGGACCACCUGCUGGAGGCCUUCCUGGGCCUGCAGGAGCUCAGUCUCAGCCACAACCGGCUCGACCGCUUCCCCCGCGGCCUGCCGGCCAGCCUGGAGAGCCUGCAGCUCCAGCAGAACCUCCUCACCUACAUCACCAGCAGAGCUCUGAGGCAGCUAAGGAGCCUCCUCCACCUCGACCUGGAGGACAACCGCAUACGGGCCAUCCAGCCCGGUGCCUUCUUAGCUAUGAGCCGGCUGCAAGUGCUUAUUCUCAAGGGCAAUCGGCUUUCGAGCCUCCCGCUCCACAUGCCUUCCUCUUUGACCCAUUUAGACGUGUCAGCCAACUGCAUUUUGGCACUUGAACUGCCCUCCAUUGUGAGUCUUGUUAACCUUGAGAUAUUGAAGAUCAACGGCAACUGCCUACAUUCUAUCCCAGAGAAUGCCUUUGAUGACCUGCCACACCUGUACUCGGUGGAGCUGUCUAACAACCUGUGGGUAUGUGAGUGUGACAUUCUGUACCUGUACCACUGGUUGCAGAAUGGACGACAAACGACAGCGACAGACUUGAUUUGCACCGAACCGCUCCAUUUAGCCCAGAAGACACUUCUGUCACUUUCUACCACUGUGAUAUGCCCAGGAAAUCAGGUUGAGAAAGUUACGUAUGAAGAUAUCAUCGCUGCCUCUCACCUGCAGAGGUCAAGGUCUCAUGCCAAGGAUAGCAUGUCUGGUGCUGAGUCAUCAGGACAAAUGGCACAACAAGCCCCAACCAAACUCCAUCCACAUCUGUUGCAGGCCAAAAUUAGAAGUGGGAAAACCCUGCAUCCAAGGACAAACAUGCGUUAUAAUGAUCGGAUGAACGUUUCAGCUCCCCGCCUCUACGGCAGCCCUUACUCUUUAGGGGGCCUGACCUACCAAGACUGCCUGUCUCUGGACGAGCCCGAGAGGACACUCAGCAGCAGCAGCAGCCCUCCCUCUCAUGAGACGCACACCAGCUGCCUGGGUGCCUCCACAAGACACCACCAGCCGGCGACGACGACACUGAGCCCUGGUGUGCAGCCUGCAAGCAGCAGCAGCACCACCACCUCCACCCCAUCCCUCUCUGGGGAGGUGGAGAUGCUGUCCUCCCCGUCCUCUGCUCGGGUCGUCUUCCAGCCAAUGGGGAGGGAUAUAGUGGCGGUGCUCUCUGUCCUGUGUGUCCUCGUAGGCCUCCUGCUGGUGGCUGUGCUGCUGCUACUGAAGAUGGCCCUGCUGCAAAACCAGAGAGUACAUCCUAUGCAACAGUGUUAA